AGAUCGGAUUCUGCCAUUUUGUAUAAUGAUAGAUCUGUACUUGAAAAUCAUCAUGUAAGUGCAGCAUAUCGGUUACUGCAAGAUGAUGAAGAAAUGAAUAUACUCUAUAAUCUGUCCAAGGAUGACUGGAGGGAAUUCCGGGCUUUGGUGGUCGAGAUGGUGUUGGCUACAGAUAUGUCCUGUCAUUUCCAACAAAUCAAAGCAAUGAAGAAUGCUUUGCAGCAACCAGAAGGGAUUGAUAAGCCGAAAGCCUUAUCAUUGUUGUUGCAUACAGCAGAUAUUAGCCAUCCAGCAAAAAACUGGGACCUCCAUCACAGGUGGACAAUGUCAUUGUUAGAAGAAUUCUUUAGACAGGGUGACAAAGAAGCAGAACUUGGCCUUCCAUUUUCUCCACUGUGCGAUCGCAAUUCAACAAUGGUUGCUCAAUCCCAAAUAGGAUUUAUAGACUUCAUCGUGGAGCCAACAUUUACUGUGUUGACAGACAUGACAGAGAAGAUUGUAAUUCCACUCAUUGAUGAAGCCUCGCGGUCUGGGCUCACAGGAUUUAGGCGAUCUAGUUUAAACAGCAUAACUCCCUCAGAAGUUAAACGAUCGAGUGUGAAAAGCACUGGAUCAGAAGGAAGUGCCUCCUUGAAUUGUUCAAUCCUCACUGUGGACUUCAAAAGUUUUAAAAAUACGUGGUAUGACGUUGUACUACAGAACAGAGAAAAGUGGAAGGCACAAGCAACCAAAGAUGCAGAAGAGAGAGCAAAGAAAGAAGCAGACGAAACUGCUUUGAAAGAAAAAGAUGACAAAAAAGAUGAUGACAAAGAAGACAGAAAUGAAAAUGAAAGACCUUUACCGCCCAAACCAGAGACAAACAAAGAAACAAAUUCAAGUGAUGGCAAAGCUACGGAACCUAGUCAGGGAAAUAUUAAUGGGACUCGUUUACCAAAUGUAAACAGACGAGAUGAUUCCUCAGGACAAAGUCAAAGCAAACAAGAAAAAAGCGGGGGACAGUGAAGGCAAACCGCAAGUUCAGAACGGUA